ACAUUUCAACAGGAGCUCGCGUGACACAGUGACACGGUGAAACACACCGCUCCCAACAUCAGUAGAGGAUUGUAUGUUUCUGCUCAUGUUUUGCUCAGUCUCCAGGAUGCCGGGUUAACCGCAGGCGAAACCUCGCCCCCGUCUGUCACUUGGGCAACAGGGGCGUCACACCGAGACAUGGAUCUCGUCAGCUGUCUGACAGACAGAGGCUGACACAUCUUGCGGGUCAUGCAGCUGCAACAUGAGGAGCUUCACCAUGGCGCGUUACCUGAGGACUCUGCUUCUAGGACUGCUUCACAUCCAAUGUGGGGCCCGCGUGCUGACGGAGGUCCCGUCGGGGCCUCUCUACCGGGUCGCGGGCCACCCGCUCCGGGUUCCCUGCAACGUGAGCGGCUUCCGGGACGCUGAGAGAGAGAAGGGCUUUCAGGUUCUAAUGCAAGAACCGGAGAAGACAAUGGACAUCAACGUCAUCAGCGCCAGAGAUGAAAACUUUGCCUGGGGCAAGUUUAGCGGCCGUGUGAAAAGCAAGGAAAUCACCCUGGCGAUGUUGGCGCCCAACUCGGCUCUCUUCACCAUCGGCGAGUUGAAGGCGAGCGACGAGGGGGAGUAUGAAUGUACUGUGGAAAACGACGAAACCGUCUAUGACGGAACCUAUUCUGCUAAGAUCAAAGUGAAAGUGAUCGACAACACCCUGACCGUCUCCUCCCCGGACCCCCCCUCGCUGAGCCUGGACGAAGGCGACCCGCUCACUCUGACGUGCCAGGCCUCCAGCAACACCGUCCAGCACACCCACCUGUCUGUCACCUGGUACCUCCACAUGGACGGGGAAGAGCCCCCCCAACCCAUCGUCUCCCUGGACAAGGACCUGACCCCGAGUCCCGGGCCGAGGUUCAGGGAACGCUACGGAGCCGGGAUCAUUCGGCUGGACAAAGUGGGCGAGGCCACGUACCAGCUGACCAUAGCCCAGCUAGAACCGUCGGACCAGGGGCGGGUCUACUGCCAGGUCCGGGAGUGGAUCCAGGACCCUGACCGGUCCUGGUACCCGAUCACUCAGAAGGACUCGGAGACCACCGCACUGACGGUCAAAGCUAAAGACCAGGUGGGUGCUGAGCAGGGCUCUCUGUCGGUGAGGCUGUCGGUGAGACCAGAGGCCCUGCAGGAGGGCCAGGAGCUGGCUUUAACCUGCAGCGUCGAGGGCCUGGCCGCCAGACAGUCCUUCUCCGUGGCCUGGCUUCGGGACGGCUCGGAGCUGGCCCGCUUCGGCCCCACGGGCGUCCUGCAUGUGGGGGCGGAGCACGGCGACCGCCACACCGGGGGGCAGCUACUGGCCACCAAGACCGGCCCCAGGGAGCACCUGUUGGUCCUCAGGCCGGUGAGGGUGCAGGACCAGGGGGGGUACGCCUGCAGAGCCUGGCCCCAGGACCGGAACGAGGACGAGAGCUUCACGCAGGGCCAGUACCGGGACUCCCCGACCCAGGUGGUCAGCAUCUCCGCCACAGCGAGUGAGCUCUCCGUCCAGAUGGGGGGUGAGAGCGUCGCGGUCACAGAGGGCGGUAGGCUGCAGCUGACCUGUAGAGUGACCGGGUUCAGAGGUCGACUCUCAGUCACCUGGGAACACAAGUCCGCCAGUCCCUCCAGACAGGUGGUGAGCCUCAGCCAGGAGGGGGUGGUGGAGCCGGGGCCGGACUUCGCCCAGAGAGACGUCAGAGCCAGGCGACUGGCGGCCGACACGUUCACCUUGGAGCUGGAGGAAGUGCGCCCGUCCGACGCGGGCACCUACGGGUGCACCGUGUCCGAUUGGACCGUCAAGCCCACCGGGGACGUCGAAUUGUCCCACAGCCAAGAGAAGACGUGCACUGUGAAUGUCGGCCUUUUAGAGAACACGCUGAGGCUGACUCUGAAGGGACGCGAUACCGCGGCGACGUUGGGGGGAGACGUGGAGCUCUGGUGCCACGUCAAGGCCCCCCGCAUCCCCAUGACGCUGACAUGGACCCUGCGGCGCGACGGGUCCCCCCCCGACAAGCUCCUGGAGCUGUCCCCGGACGGCGCCAUCACCUGGCGGGGGGGCCGGCAGCAGCGCUACCAGCUGCGGGUGGAGCGGCUCGAUGAGACGAUCCUCGUUCACAAGCUGCGCAUCGCGGGGGCCACGCCCAGCGAGGCGGGCCGCUACCAGUGCGAGGCGUCGGUGUUCCUGGAGAAGAGACACAAGAAGAUGAACCCGUCCAACGAGCUGGCAGUCAUGGUGACGCGGCCGGAGAGCAAGCUCUCCCUGGACGCCCAGUCAAUCAGCGGUCUGCUCGACGCCGACGUGGUGGUCACCUGCUCCGUGACCGAGACCACCCCGGGCAACCCCAGCUAUGCCGUCACCUGGCGGGAGGAACGGGCCAACCGCACCCUCCUGGUCUCGAGUCGUGACGGCGUGGUCACUCCCGGAGCUCAGGCGAAGUCCGGCGACGAGCAGCGAAUCAGCAUGCAGCAGAGGGCGGGCCCUAGCUUUGAGCUGACCAUUCGCCGUGCCCGGGUUGGGGACAGCGGGAGGUACUCUUGCGUGGUCGUGGAGUGGCUGCAGGAUCCCAACGACAACUGGUUUGAUCUGCCGCCGGUGCGAGGGACCAUGACGGUUCAGAUCUCAGAGCCAGUCUUCGACAUGCAGGUGGACCAUGAACAGCGCAACCUGAGGGUCACCGAGGGCGACGACGUGGACCUGCACUGCAUCCUGACCAAGUAUGGGUUUGGGCCCGGCAUGGCUUUCUCCCUCACCUGGUUCUACACGGGCCCCCUUCCCGGGGAGAACGUCACCCUGGCAGAGCUGAGCCAGGAGGGUCUUCUGACGCGACCAUGGGGGGGCGGCCCAGGCAGGAGGCUGACCCUGUCCCGGCCCCACCGCAGCGACUUCCGGCUGAGUCUGCAGAGCGCCCAGCCGGGGGACGGGGGGCACUACUGGUGCCGGGUGGAGCAGCACCGGCUGGGGCAGGAGGGACACUGGCAGCAGGUGGCCGUGGACACAUCCGGGCUUACGCACCUCACCGUGGGGGACCCGGAGGGUGGGCUGUCCGUCGGAGGAGGAGGAGGAGAGGUCAACGUGACGGUGGCUGCGUCCCACGACUUCACCGUCCCCUGCGACAUCAUCGCCCAGUCCAGCCCCAUCUCCGCCUUCAACGUCACCUGGUUCUGGAGGAGGGAGGCGGACGGCGAGACACGCCCCCUCUUCACCGCGCACCCCGACGGCACGCUGCAGGACGUCAGUGGGCGGGGCGACCGGCUCCGGUUCCACCGCCCGCGACCCGCCCUCUUCAGCCUGACUGUGUCCGGGGCGGUGCCAGAGGACGGAGGGCGGUACCACUGCCAGGUGGAGGAGUGGCUGCUCUCCCCUUCCAGGAGAAGGGUGGGGGGGGUGCAGCGGUCCGAGGAGCUCAGUGUCAACAUCCAAGGCAAUAUGCAUGCCGCCUCAGACUCCUCUUCUUCAGCCAUCCUUCCAGGGGUCCUCACAGGCCUGAUCGUACUCCUACUGGUGGUUGUGGGGGUCCUGAUGCUGAAGAUACGACAGGGCCCGACCACAGGGGCCAGGAAGAAGACCUCUCUCUGGACAGAGGGAGUCUUUCUGAAGGACAAACCCCCCAAGCAUAUGGUCGAUGAAGACUAGAUGAGGAGGAG